GAUUUUUCCAUGACGUUCGACCAAAUCCGGAAAUAGCAGACAGCUGAAGCAACUCGUUAUUCUUUGAGCUGCUAUCGUGCAACCAGGUGGACGACGACUUCCUUUUCUUGUACUUCGAGCAUCAAGGAUUAUUCCAGCAUUAUGUGCUGUAGGAUGGAGGUUUGGUGCGGGGGCGCUAGAACCCGAUCUCCGCUGGAGGACUGUGACCUUGGCCAACCGCCAGGCUGGGCCUCCUUCCUCCUGACUGACACCUCCAGAGAGCUUCUUCUGCUGGUAUCGUAACAUGGGGAACCUACUGAAAGUCCUGACUUGCACAGAUCUGGAACAGGAGCCCAAUUUUUUCCUCGAUUUUGAAAAUGCCCAGCCCACGGACGCAGAACGAGAGGUGUGGGAGAAGGUGGACCUGGUGCUGAAGGACGCUAGAGGAAUCCUGGACGAACUGCAAGCAUACAAGGGAGCGGGUGAAGAGAUCAGAGAGGCGAUCCAGAACCCCAGCGACGAUGCGUUACAGGAGGCAGCGUGGACGGCCGUGGUCCCCCUGGUGGGGAAACUCAAGAAGUUCUACCAGUUCUCCCAGAGAUUAGAGGCGGCGCUGCACAGCCUACUGGGAGCCCUGACCAGCGAGACAUAUAACGACCCCACGCAGAACCUGGAGCGCGAGCAGGCGCUGGCCAAGCAGUUCGCCGAGAUCCUACACUUCACACUGCGCUUCGACGAGCUCAAAAUGACUAAUCCUGCCAUCCAGAAUGACUUCAGCUACUACAGGAGAACGUUGAGCCGCAUGCGGAUCAACAAUACACCGGCAGAGGGGGAGAAUGAAGUCAACAAUGAGCUGGCCAAUCGGAUAUCUCUGUUCUACGCCGACGCCACGCCCGUGUUGAAGACGUUAAGCGAUGGCACGACAAAGUUUGUCUCAGAGAAUAAGAACUUGCCCAUCGAGAACACGACAGACUGCUUAAGCACGAUGGCGAGCGUGUGCAAAGUCAUGUUGGAAACGCCGGAGUACCGUAGCCGCUUCACCAGUGAGGAGACGGUCUCGUUCUGCCUGCGUGUCAUGGUUGGCGUCAUCAUCCUGUACGACUAUGUGCAUCCUGUCGGAGCCUUUUCCAAGUCUUCCAAAAUUGAUAUGAAAGGGUGCAUCAAGGUCCUCCGAGAUCAACCGCCCAACAGUGUAGAAGGCCUUUUAAACGCUCUCAGGUACACAACCAAGCAUUUGAAUGACGAAUCGACCAACAAGACCAUCAAGAGCAUGCUGCAGUAGGACUGAAACUCUGGUACAACCGCUCGCCUCACGCCCGGUUUCGGGAGACAUCGACGCUCUCUCCCCAUGACGUCGGUGCACAGAAUGUUUUGUUUUAUUUUAAAUGGAGAAAGAGCUGCACUUUUUAUAAUGCAAAAUGCUACUGCCAUUAUGCACGUAUUUUAUGUGCCAAGAAAUAUGUUGCUGAGAUUUAAAUGUUUUCGAUAAGGCCAUACAACAAGAUGGCAGCUGUGAAAGCAUUGUGGAUUCUCUGUUGUUUUUAAAAAAUGCUUUUGUUUUUCCCUGUGUAAGGGAUGGGAGUGCUUUGACUUGAACAUUUUAAAAAGAGAGAUGUAUAGAGAAAUAUAUAUUAUUUUUGUUUCAUUUAUUAUUUAAUAUUACAUCUUCUGCAUGACGAAAUGAUGUAUUUCUUCUAUUUAAAAAAAGAAUGGUUCAAGUUUAAUUUGUCUGCUCAGUUGUGUGUUUAAUGUUUUGUUCUCUGAAUGGUACUUGUCGGAAUUAAGAUGAUUAAAAAGAUAGUACUGUUAAUGUUUUAUAUUUUUUAUAGGUUUUGAGUGUAUGCCAUUUUUCAUAGUUGUGUUGUAUUUUUCAUUUGAACAUUUCAAACUGUGAUGUGUGCAAAUCAAUUUAAAGUUGGGAGUCUGUACUGUUGUUGACAGUAUGUUGCCGCUGGAAAAAAUAAACAGAGAAAUCCUGUUUUCUACAAAUGA